UCCGUUGCAGCGUCGUCGCAGUCCCUGCUCUCGGAAAGGCGCAGUUCUCGCCUUCUCGGCCGUCUCUCAGUUACAACACUCGAUCAAUGGACGAGAAUCUGCAUAUCCAACGCUUCGAAGCUCCUCUAUCGGCCUCAGACUUCGAGUCUCUCAUCGAAUCUCACAACGUUCCCGCUGUUCUUCUUGGAUGCGUUAAGGACUGGAGAGCUUUAUUGGAGUGGAAUCCGUACAAUGGCGGCCUUGACCAUCUGCAGGAAUGUGCAGGGGCAUGCAUUGUGGAAGCUAUGCUGACUAGAUCGGCACCGGUAUUUUAUGGCGAUCUUAGAAGCCAUGAGAGAGUUCCACUUCCAUUUUCUACUUUUAUUCAAUUUUGCAAUCAGCGUUUGGAAGAAAGGAGUCAAGGAAAUGUUGUUUCUUCCAAAUUAGAGUCUAACAGGAUCACCUGUCCCGAUGUGGAGAAAGGCUGUUUGCCUUUCGAAGAUGAUCCCCAAAAAUUAUAUUUAGCGCAGGUUCCAAUUUUGGAUUUUAAGAAUGAAGAAAGAGUGCAAUUGGAACCACUAAGAAAAGAUAUUCACACACCUGCAUUUCUGGAGAAAAAGAAGUUAGCCUCUAUAAACCUUUGGAUGAACAGUGCUCAGUCUAGGUCAAGUACUCACUAUGACCCACACCAUAAUGUUCUAUGCAUCGUUUCUGGCACCAAACAAGUAAUUUUGUGGCCGCCUUCUGCUGCUCCCUCGCUGUACCCAAUGCAGAUUUAUGGAGAGGCCUCUAAUCAUAGUUCUGUUACUUUAGAAAAGCCUGACUAUUCACUUUAUCCAAGAGCAAAAUAUUCAAUGGAAUCCUCUCAGAUGGUUAUUCUUCAUGCGGGUGAUGCACUUUUUAUCCCAGAAGGCUGGUUUCAUCAGGUUGAUAGUGAUGAUUUAACCAUUGCUGUUAACUUUUGGUGGGAGUCCCACCCGAUGUCUAGCAUGUCAGAGCACAUGGAUGCAUAUUAUCUACGAAGAAUAUUGAGAAGAUUGAUGGACAAAGAAAUGAACAAAGUUUUGCAAGUGCCUUCUUGUUCUAUUGCCAAAAUGGAUGAAAUGAAGUGCCAUGAACGUGACGUAUUGAAUAUCAAAGAGAUGGGGGUAGGUGUUUUUUGUUUGAACCAAGCACGUGAAAGUGGGGAUUUGAGGGAGAACGAGCUAAGGCAGGAAACUUUUGCUCAUGAACUUGAACCCUGUAGUAUCCAGGCUCUUCAUGGGCUUAUUAAUUUAGUUCAUGAUCGUGUAACUGUAAGUGUGUCUGAUCAAAUUAGAUCGCCACAAUCAAGUUCUACAAAUGGAUCUGCAGAUGAGGAGGAGAGGAUGAAGGUGACUAGUUCACAUAGCUUGGAGAAUGAUCAAGUAGCUAACUUUAUUUGGAAUUUGGGACCAUGUAUUCUUCAGAAGGUCCUUCUCUCCAUGGCAAAUAACUUCCCAAGAACUCUAGAGGCUCUUAUACUACACUUGCUUUCACCAGUUGGAGCAGAAGUUCUUACUCGAAAAUUUGAUCAAAUGGAUCAAAGCAACUCUGAGGAGGAUCAGAAAAAAUUCUACGAAGUUUUCUAUAGUUCAUUUGAUGAUCAAUUUGCUGUGAUGGAUGCAAUUCUAAACAGGAAAGAGGCGUUUGCCCGUCAGGCUUUCAAGAGUGUGCUGGAUAAAUAUUUGGGAGUAAACUUAGAUGGGCCAAAUCUGGGAUCUUGAAGGGGAAGUCCUUUAAAGAAAUUGGUCCUGCAGAUUCUGGAGCAUAUCGAUGCUGUCCAUUUUUCUAAAGCUUUUCCUCUCAAUUGGUACUUUUUUACGUGUAAAUUAUCCACAUCUAUGUAGAAUAUUAACCAUUACCUACUCUAGGCAUUACUUGGUAAUUUAUUUCAGAUAUCCAUUUUAUUUUGUACAGAGAAGGAAAUAAAAAGUGAAAUUGCUUAAAA